GGUGGCUCCUCAGAGCAAGGGUGGCAGUCGGGCCGAGGGAACCUGCUCUGCCCAGCUGCCGCUGCCCAGACCCCUGGAUCCCUCCCCAUGGCAGGGGAGACCUUCCCCUUCACCUCCUCCACCCUGCGCUCUCUCCGCCUGCAGCGGGAGUGGCUGGAAUGGGAGGACCGGCGGCGGGCUGCAGCCCAGCAGUGCCAGAGCCAAAGGUGCCCCCCAAGUUCCCGGGCCCAACUCACUAGGCCACGCCGCUCCUGCCGGGACCCAGCUGUGCACAAUGCCCUGUUCUCCGGUGACCUGCAACAGAUCCAAGCCCUGUUCCAAGAUGAAGACGCUGCCAACAUGAUUGUGGAGACUGUGAGCAACCAGCUGGCCUGGUCAGCUGAACAGGGGUUCUGGGUGCUGACCCCCAAAGCCAAGCAUACGGCACCCCUCACCAUCGCUGCUGCCCGAGGCUACACCGACUGCGCCCGCUACCUGAUCCAGCAGGGAGCUGAGCUGGACGCCCGGGUCGGGGGCCGGGCCGCCUUGCACGAGGCCUGUGCCCGGGCCCAGUCCGACUGUGUGCGGUUGCUGCUGACCUUCGGCGCCAAGGUCAAUGUGUUGUCUGAGGAAGGCACGACCCCUUUGCACCUCUGCACAACCCCUGAGUCCUUACAGUGCGCCAAGCAGCUGCUGGAGGCGGGAGCAACCGUGAACUUGGCGGUGCAGGACAGCGAGGUGACGCCCCUGCACGUGGCGGCGGCACGAGGCCUGGAGCAGCACGUGGCUCUCUACCUGGAGCACGGCGCCGACGUGAACCUGCGCACCAGCCAGGGCGAGACGGCCCUGAACGCGGCGUGCGCGGGCGCCGAGGGCCCGGGCAGCCGUCGUAAGCACCAGGCCGCCGCGCUCCGGCUCCUGGAAGCCGGGGCAGAUGCCCGGGCGGCAGGGCGCAAGCGCCACACGCCGCUGCACAACGCCUGUGCCAACGGCUGCGGGGGCCUGGCCGAGCUGCUGCUGCACCACGGGGCCUGCGCUGCAGUUCCCAACGGGGCGGGCCACACGCCCAUGGACUGCGCGCUGCAGGCUGUCCAGGACGCCCCCAACUGGGAGCCCGAGAUCCUCUUUGCUGCGCUGCUGGACUACGGGGCCCAGCCUGUGCGCCCUGAGAUGCUGAGACACUGUGCCAACUUCCCUCGAGCCCUGGAAGUCCUGCUUAAUGCCUACCCUUGUGUCCCAUCCUGUGAUACCUGGGUUGAGACAGUGCUUCCAGAGCUGUGGCAGGAGCACGAAGCCUUCUACAGCUCGGCCCUGUCCAUGGUGAAUCAGCCGAGGCAGCUGCAGCACCUGGCCCGGCUGGCCAUACGUGCUCAGCUGGGUAGCCGCUGCCGCCAGGCUGCCGCCCGCCUCCCCCUGCCCCCGCUCCUCAGGGACUACCUGCUGCUGCGUGUGGAGGGGUGUAUCCAGUGAGCCCCGUGCCCAGCUGCUCCCAGAGCUUGUCCUGCCCCCUCCAUCAGCUGCCCCCCCCAACCCUGGAGGACCAGUCCCUGGCUUCUUAUCCACACUCUGCAUGUCUUCUGGGGCCAGCUCAUCCCUCUACUGGCUUCCUGAGCCACCUGCUGACCUCCAGCUCGACCUGAAUUUCAGCUCCUCUCUCCCAUGGGAAGGUCUGCAGACUGAGCCUUUGCCCGCAUCCUCCUCCCUUGCCUAAGCGGAUGAUGGCCCCUCCAUCCAGGCAGGCCCCAAGCCAGGAGGAAGUGAUCCUUGUUGUCCCCUCUCCCCUGCUACCCAUGUACUUGUUCAGACUCCUAAAGAGUGACAGACUCUGCCUCUAGCUGUAUUGCCAAUGCCUGUCCUGCUUUUGUCACUUCAAGGGAGGACUUCACUGACUGGUCUUGAAAGCCAUGCCCUGCAAGGAUGUUGGAACGAUCUUUGAGAAUCAGAACUCUGGUCAUGCCCUUCAGUGGCUCCACACCACCUUCAGGCUAAAAUAAAAACUUAACAAGGCAGACAAACCUUCUAGCCCCUGCCUGCGCCAAGCCCUCUGGCCUCCUGAUCCUCCUUCUCCCUUCUAAGGCUCCUGUAACUCAGCCUUAGCAAACUAGUUACCGGUUGCUGGAUAUGACCUGCUCCCCUUUGCUUCCAGGCAUCUGCAUGUGCUAUUCCCUCUGCUUGGUCUACCCUUCCCACAUUUUUUUGCCCUGGUUGAAGCUGACUUGAUCCUCAAGACUUGGCCUAAUAGCCCUGUCUCCGCAGAGCCUUCUCUGCACUGAGUGCUUGUUCCUCACCCCUCAGUGAUGCACGCUGUCUUAAACUGUGGUCACCACACUCAUGGUCUUUGAGGGUCUGUGACAGGAGGACCAGCCACCAGCUUUCCCUUCUUUCCCUCUCACUUCCUCCUCUGGUGCCAGAGUCAAAAGUACCACCAUUCAUCAUUAAGAGGAGGCUUUUUAGGCCAAGCCAGUUUUUAUGAACGCAAAUAAAUGAUUUGUGCACAGAACCAAAGUGUGGCUGUUAGGUUGACAUGUGGCUGAGAUACCUGUCACUCCACGUUUAUUCCUCCUCUUUGUACUCCUCUGUGGUUCCCAGGUUUUCUGCACGGAGCAGCUGUUACUCCUGUGAUAGGAGAAAGAGUAUAAGAACAACACAGGAACGCUCCCCGACCCUGAGCUUGUAGUACCCCCUGGAGGAGGUGGCUCCCAGAAGCCUGUUCUCCUGUCCCUUUGCUGAGGUGAGGGACCCUGGGCUCUCCACUGUCAUUACCACUUGGAGUCACGUGGUAGAGGUGGAUCAGGAGUCCUGGGUCGGCCUCCUGCAGUUGUUGCCCAGCCUCCCCUCCUCUGUGGAAAGUUGUAUCUGUGGGUAUUUCCUUUCACUAACAUGAAGACAGUCUUUUACCUCGUUAUGCAGAGCAGCACCAUCUCCUUUCUAGGUGAACUUUUUGCUUUAAUUUCACAGAUCCAAAAAGCCCGAGAGAAGAGAGGGAAAUCCUCUCUAGUCCUGGGGCCAAGCCAGGAGUGUCACUCUCAGGGGAGGAUGUCGAGCUGUUCCCACCUUUACAGCAGGCAGACCCUAGCGAGCAUGGCCUUUUCUGUUAUAUUUACAAUGACAAAUACCUGCUUAAAGAAAACCCAAAAGAUGCAUGUGAUUAUGUAUCUGAUUUUGGGAUAAGAGAAGAUUUUCCAGGAUAAAAGCAUAAAAGAAAAGACUCAUCAGUCUCGAUACAGAAAAAAUUUAAAUUUGGUUAUAAAAGCACCAAAUCAAAAACACAAGUAAAAGGCAAAAUGUUGAAAAAAGUAUCUGCCACUAAAAGAUUUCAUUUCCUUGAUUUGUAAGGGCAGGAAUGACGUCUGUUUUAUUCACCAUCGCUGACUUGGUGCUUGUACAAUGCCUUGCAGAGAGUGGACACUCAAAUAUCUGUCAAAGCAAUGAAUGGUCAUGCUCAACCUCACCAGUAAUUAGGGAAAUGCAAAUUAAAACAACAGUAAGAUAUAAUUCUCCUACUAGAUUGGGGGACUUUUUUCGUGGCUUGCAGGAUCUUAGUUCCCUGACCAGGGAUUGAACCCGGACCACCACAGUGAAAGCACUGAGUCCUAAACACUGGACUGCCAGGGAAUUCCCAGGGGACAUUUUAAAGAUUGAUAAUAUGCAGUGCCUGUGAAGAUAUGGAGACAUAAGUUCUUGCUCAUCCUGUGGGUCAGAAAGGAAAUUGCCUCUUCAGUGGGCAAUGGAGCAGUGCCCUUAAAUUGCUCCCCAGUUACACAAAAGGCUGGUACACACAGGAAUAUUCAUCCCAGCCUUGCUUGCAACAACUCAACAUGUGGGAAACGGUAAACAAAUCCACACUAUGGAAUACAAUUCAGUCCUUACAAAGGGUAGUACCCAUAGCAGGAGAAAACUGGGGAGGGAUUCCAAGUGACCAGCAUAUGUACUGCCUUGGAAAGAUUACCAAGACUGUUACCAAGGUUGGAAUACAACAUGUACAGCAAACAAAACCAAGCCCCAUGAUUAGAGAUGAAUAGAAAAAGGCCUGGAAGGCAGGUUCCCAAAUAUUCCCCUCUGGGGAGGGGAGAGGGACUGUGCCAGUGGGGCUUUUUAUGGUCUGCAUUUGAAUUUUUUACAAAGGGGUGUCCCCAUGGAUCCUUGUGAAAUUAAAAAAAAAAAAAUUGAAAGGAAGAAAAGGCAAAAGGCCUAAACUAUUAAUUUACAAGGUGGUUGAUGGAACAUGACAGAUGUGCAAAAACUCACUGGUAAUCCAAUGAAUGCAAAUUAAAGGAACAGACACCUUUUUGCCUCGCAAAUAGGCAAACAUGAAACAAAUAGCAUCUAGCAGUUAGGGAAGGAGCACUUUUUGAUUUUUUACAGGACAGAUUUACUAUAAACAUUUAGUUAAGGCAACAUCCAGGAUUCACAGAUACAUUCACCACUCUAUAGCCAUCAUAAUUGCACAUAAAGGUAUAAAAAUACCCAAGUUCAAUAAUUUAGGAAAAAUAAACAGAUAGGGAGCUAAGAUCCCUUAAAAUCCUCUGUUAAUUUUAAAUUGUUAUUAUAUGUAAGAGACCAGGUUUGGGCAGUGAUAUAGUCUCAACUGCAGGCUUCUUUCUUUCCUCUCUCUUCCUCUCAUAAUUCCUCCACCCUCAAAAACCUAACCCUGAAAGCCCCUCUUUCAAAACACCCUUAACUCAACUGCAUCCUGUCCUUUGCUGUACACACUCACAAAACCCAUCCUUGUCAGACUCAGCCUCCACUUUUUCCACCCCUUCAUCCCAGCUGCUGAGCAUUCCAAGGAUAUUCCAAGCAUAUCCUCAUCCCCAGCCAAUUCUUCCUUCUUCCCUUCUAUCCAUUUUCCUCACUGCCAUGGCUAUCUUAAGACUUCACCUCUGGAGAGCUAACUAAACUUAAAAGCUUUUGCACAGAAAACGAAACCAUUGACAAAACGAAAAGACAAGCUACUGAAUGGGAGAAAAUAUUUGCAAAUGAUUACGACCGAUAAGGAGUUAAUAUCCAAAAUAUAUAAACAGCUCAUACAACUCAACAUCAAAAAAAAAAAAAAAAAGAAACAACCUGAUUAAAAAAUGGGCAGAAGACCUGAAUAGACAUUUUUCCAAAGAAGACAUACAGAUGGCCAACAGGCACAUGAAAAGAUGCUCAACGUCAUUAAUAAUCAGAGAAAUGUGAAUCAAAACUACAGUGAGGUAUCACCUCACACCUGUCAGAAUGGCCAUCAUCAAAAAGAUCAAAAUAGUAAAUGUUGCUGAGGGUGUGGAGAAAAGGGAACCCUUGUGCACUGUUGGUGGGAAUGUAAAUCGGUGCUGCCGCUGUGGGAAACAGUAUGGAGGGUCCUCAAAAUUAAAUAUAGAACUGCCAUAUGAUCCAGCAAUUCCAUUCCUGGGUAUAUAUCCAAAGAAAAGGAAAACACUAAUUCAAGAGGAUAUAUGCACCCCAGUGUUCAUAGCAACAUUAUUUACAAUAGUCGAGAUAUGGAAGCAACCUUUGUCCAUCAAUAAAUGAAUGGAUAAAGAAAA